AUGACGCCAAGAAGCAGAAAUCGAUCUGUAGCUCAGGCCGCCGCCGAGAAAGAAAGACAAGAAGGUUCUUCUGAUAUGGAAUCAGAAGGAGUCGAGGCUACUCCGCCUCCACCAAAGCAACUGGCUUCCGUCUCACAAUCCAAAGGGUCCAAAGGGGUAAGUAAGUUUUCUUUAAAGAUGAAGAGAUCUUCUCAUACGAAGAAGAAGAAAUUUAGGUCUGGAGGUGCUUCGUCUAAGAAGAAAAGGGAUAAGAAGAAGGAACAGGAAGUUGAAGAGGAUCAACUUCUUUCAGUGAAUCCAGUAGUAGUAGUCUCUCCCUUUGACACCGAUUCCCAAUCCGAAGGGAUUCCUCAGAAAUCUCCUUCAAAAGCUCCUAGGAGAGAAAAGAAGAAGAAGAAGAAGGAACAUACCGCCAACGAAGCUAACGAAGCUGUAGGUGAGAAGCUUAUUACGAAAAAGCCUCUGUUUCAAAGGUUAUGGAGUGAGUCAGAUAUAUGUACACUACUGAAAGGAUUGGUUGGGUAUGCUGAAGAGAAAGGGAUUCAUCCUGUUUCGGCCGACAAGAUUGGUUUUCACAAUUAUAUCAAAGACUCACUUGAUAUAGAAGUUACCAUAAGUCAAAUGUUUGAAAAGAUAAGGAGAUUGAAGAAGAAAUAUGAGACAAAUCUUAUGAAAGGAAGGAAUGGAGUUGAUAAAAAAUUCUCAACAGCUCACGAUUUGGAAGUUUAUGAAUUGUCAGCAGGGGUUUGGGGGAAAGGUAAAAAUGUUGAGGUUAAUGCUAACAUAGGUUUGAAGAAUAUGGAGGAGACUGAUGAGAAUAAAGGAGAAGGUGGAGGCUUAAAGAUGAUGUUGAGGAGUGCUGUGAAGAAAGACAUGAAAAAGAUGAUGAAGAAAUUAACAGUGAAGGAGGUUGAACAUUUCCUUCAACAACUUGAUCUUGAACAUAAACGGGCAACUCUUAAGUACCAAGUCCUAUUAAGCAAAUCCCAGGCCACCAAGACCACCAAGAGAUGAGAUCCAUAAGGCUUUGCCCUACUACUAAUGUUUUUGGUGUUAAAAUGAUGGGGAAACACUUAUUAUCCAACUUUAUAAUAUGAUGUUCUUUUGAUUUUUGAGGAAAUAUUAUUACUGGCUACAUUAAAC